UGGGAGCAACGGACAGUUUUUCUUCGACCUCACCCACACUUCCUCCUCUUGUGCUCAACGAGGCAAACGCCAUCUCGGAAGAAGCCACUGUCAAACUAAUGCUUCUCAGGUCAUCAGUGUCACCGGCCGGCGGAGCCGUUGUUUGCUCUGGCGAACAAUUCGGCUUCUGCUGUCGUCAUCGUUUUAUCGCUCUGACUAGUUCAGCUCGUGGUCAUCUCAACAAAAGUAGGUCACAACUCACGGGCAGCAGCAUUUUCAUUCAGCUUGAAUCUAAUGGCAGAAUUUCCGAGAGUCAUCGUAGAUCAAAGUUGGUGUUGAUACCCAGGGCUGCUGAUUCUACACAAUCUGCUUCCAUUGACGUUGGCAACAAGACCAUUGUUCCGGAUGAGGGGUUCUCACUUUCUAAGAUCUCAUUUGGCGUAGUUGGUCUAGCUGUCGGAGUUUCACUUUUGGUGUAUGGCUUUGGGGCAUAUUUUAACAUCCUCCCAGGAUCAGAAUGGUCAGCUAUAAUGUUAACAUAUGGGUUCCCUCUUGCGAUUAUUGGGAUGGCACUCAAGUAUGCUGAACUAAAACCAGUUCCAUGCCUGACCUAUUCAGAUGCUCAGAAUUUAAGGGAAACAUGUGCCACUCCAAUUCUUAAACAGGUCAAGAACGAUGUCACUCGAUUUCGGUAUGGGGAUGAGCAGCAUUUGGAUGAGGCAUUGAAACGGAUAUUCCAAUAUGGUCUAGGAGGAGGAAUACCAAGGAGGAAUGCACCUGUUCUAAAAAUGAUUCGUGAAGAAGUCACACCACUUGGUAAAUACUGUUUGGUCUUGGCUUUUGAGGCUAAAGCUCUGCAGUUGUCAGAUUUUGAACAGAGACAGGCAAAAUUUACGUCAUUCUUUGGGCCAGGAAUUACAGCUGAAGUUGCAAAGGGUGAGAAUGACCUAUACGAGGUUCGGCUUGUAUCCAAUGCAGAUGCCAUUGUAUCUCCUUCUUCAAGUGCGUGAUAACUGCAGUCAUCCUGCUUGUUUUAUUGAACCAAAUGAAUCUUAGGUCCCUUAAAAUUAAUGGAAAUUGUAGACUGUAAAGGCGUCAAAUUGUAAAUUUUGACAUUCGUUGCAAGAGAAGGAGAAGCAGCUGGAAAGAAAUAGUCAAGGCUUGUGGGGAGCAAAUUAUUUGCAUUAUUUUACGCUUGAUGAACAGGUGAGAAACUAGUUUCAUAUCUGCCGAAAAUUUCCUAGCCGCUAGUUAUGUGUGAUUGAUAGAGACUUGGGGUGCUCCAUUCAUGGUUUUGAGAUGCUGCUAGCAAGAAGCUCAUAUGAAUUCCAGGUUAUUGGUCGGGUCAUUGGUUACAAUACAUUUAAUACUGCUCUUAUUAGAGGUAAAACAUAUGGAGACCAGUAAAAAUAGUGACAGGUUAAAGAAAAUGGCUUAUUUGACUCCACCUCUUUCUAAUCAGGAAUCUACUAGAGCUUUUGUUUUUCUCCUUUA